AUGGUACAAGAGGCACAGUCCUCGCUUGGCGCUAUACCUCGGAAAUCCUCUGUCUCUAGCAUGAAUAGCGCCGACAUGGAGAAGACACAGGCACAAUCCUCACAACCAGAGCCAUCUGUAGACGCAAACCACGAUGUCGAUAUCAACGUCAAGGAGAAGGAGGACGCCCCAAAGCCACAGGAGGCCCCCGCCCUUGACCUGAUACACACGUUGUCAAGAGUGGCCACAGCAGCGUCGGAAUUGCGACACACAGAAACCCGCCAGGAUGGGUCAGAAUAUCCCAGCGGCGUCAAGCUGAUCCUGAUCACCAUCGCCUUAUGCCUCGCCGUCUUCCUGAUGGCCCUGGACAACUCCAUCAUCGCCACGGCGAUCCCCAAGAUAACAGACCAGUUCCACAGCCUGGACGCCGUUGGCUGGUACGGGUCGGCAUACCUCCUCACCACCGCAGCCCUCCAGCUCCUCUUCGGCAAGUUCUACUCGUACCUAAACAUCAAAUGGGUCUUCUUGUGCGCCAUUGGCCUCUUUGAACUGGGCUCUCUGAUCUGCGGUGUUGCGCCCAACAGCACGGCUCUUAUCAUCGGCCGCGCCAUCGCCGGAGCUGGCUCGGCAGGGAUCCUGUCAGGGGCAUUGAUUAUUCUGGCUUUUACUGUGCCCCUUCGUCAGCGCCCGGCAUACUCUGGCGGUAUCACAUCCAUGUACGGCAUUGCCUCGGUCGCCGGUCCCUUGCUGGGAGGAGCUUUUACCGACAAGGCUACAUGGCGAUGGUGUUUCUAUAUCAAUCUUCCCAUUGGCGCCAUCACCGUCCUGGUCGUGAUAUUCUUCUUCCAACCUCCAAAGGGCGCAUUGACAUCAGCCACUGCCGCGAAUAACAAGACCUGGCGAGAGAUUCUGAACGAGUUCGACCCCGUCGGCACCGUUAUUUUCAUGCCCGCGAUCGUCUGCCUGCUCCUCGCCUUGCAGUGGGGCGGCACCACAUAUGCCUGGAACUCGGGGCGCAUCAUCGCCCUGUUUGUCGUCUUCGGAGUGCUCAUCAUCGCCUUCCUCUUUGUUCAGUGGAGACAACAAGACAACGCUACCGUCCCGCCCCGGGUCAUCAAGAUGCGGACUGUCUGGUCGGGCGCCGCGUUCGCCGCUGCCACGGGCGCGGCCUUCUUUUCGGGCAUCUACUUCCUGCCUCUCUGGUUCCAGGCGGUGAAGGGCUCGAGCGCCGUCAACAGCGGUAUAAUGAACCUUCCCAUGCUCAUCUCGGUCGUUCUGUUUAGUCUAACGGCCGGUGUCAUUGUGUCUGUGGUGGGGUACUAUACCCCCUUCAUGCUUUUGAGCACGGUGCUCAUGAGUGUUGGGUACGGGCUCAUCUCGACCUUCCAGCCCAACACCGGCGCGGGCGUUUGGAUCGGCUACCAGAUCCUCGCCGGUGCAGGCGUUGGCUUCGGUAUGCAGCAGCCCCUGAUGGCCGUCCAGGCCGUCCUCAGCGACAAGGACCUCCCCACCGGCACCGCGGUGGUGGUAUUCACGCAGACACUGGGAGGCAGUCUGUUCGUCUCCGUGUCGCAAAAUGUCUUUAGCAAUAAGCUUGUCGAGUACGUCAGGGACUACGCCCCGGGCCUUGAUCCUUCCACGGUCCUUUCUGCCGGCGCGACGGCUAUCCAGAAGACCAUACCAGCCGAGUUCCUGGAUGGUGUGACGCUCGCCUAUAACGAUGCACUGAUGCAGACCUUUUUGGUCAGUGCUGCGCUCGCGGCGACGACGAUUGUGGGGAGUGGUUUCAUGGAGUGGAGGAGCGUGAAAGGAAAGAAAAUGGACAUGGCGAUGGCAUGA